AUGGCAUGUGUACAUACAUGGGAUUUUGAGGAAUUACCUUGCACCCGGAUUCCUCAAAACAGAACUGCUAAAUUGUUAGCAGUAGACCCUUUUGUACUGGAAUCUCCCCAUAAGUUCUUCUUGCGCGUGAAACAGAAAUUGCAGCAGCAGAAAGAUCCAACGUUUUCAAACUCAGUCAAGGAAAAUGUUCCUCCUUCCGCAGCUGCAGAAAAGCCAUUAGUCAAAUCUGCUUUUACUGAGCAGCUCAACAAUGCUAAUACAGAGUAUGUGGCCGCUAAUAAGGAUAAUCAGGAUAAUUUCCUCAUGGAAUCAAUUGAUGCUGAUGAUGAAAUGUCUCAAAAUACAAUGACUAAUACUGUGAAUGGAAAUUCCCCCCCUUCUGAAAGUGAGGAUCAGUUAGAAGAAAGGUGUGGACAUGGAGAAACAAAAUGUACUAACGUUCAUCAAGAAAGAAGACAGUUGCGGACAAGUAAUCAACAAGCUGCUCGUGGAGGAGAAAAGCUACUGGAGACUAAUUCUCAAAAACCCUCACAAUGCUUAUGUAGUAUUAUGCUCUCUUCUCCUAAAGUCCACAUACCAAGGAAGCAAAAACAAAAAGAAGGCUCUAAGGUCCCUUUGGAUACAUCUCAUACAGAUACAAUGGCUGGCAAGGGAAACAAAGAGAAAAAAAUCUGCCUAACGAGUUGGAGAAUUAAAGUGAUCAGCGGUAACACUGCAGUAUGUGUUGAAGGAAAACGGAAAGAUAUGAAAGAUCUAUCUUGGCAUAGUAAUGCAAUUGUAGAACGUGUAGCACACAAUCAAGUUAAAACAUCAUCUGGCAGUAUCUACUUACUACAAGGAAAGAUAGAUUCUGCUUCAAUGAGAAAAGAAGGAUUGCCAUAUCGCUUCAUCAAAAGAUUUAUGUAUGGGUUUUCCAAAAAGUGGAAGGAAUACGUGGAGGAUUUACUUGAGGAAAUACGACGGAAGGAACGUAAACAAAAUAAUGACGAGGAUGAAAAUGAAGAAAAUGACUCAGUGGAUACAGAUGUGUCGAAAAAUGCAAAAGAUUCAGCAGGAGCCCGAAAGAAAUCUGAAACUAGAAACACAACUUAUGAAGUAUUACCAAAAACUGAUAAAACCAGUUAUGUGACACCAAAGCACAAUUCCGUAUCAAAUGACCAAAACAGAAUUUACACUCGUAGUGGUCGUCUUGUUAAACCGCCAUUAAGUUUCUGGUGCGGACAACGUGAAUUUGUUGAUCAGAAACUAAAUGUUACUAUAGAAGAAGGUGGGCCCUCUAACCUUAGCAUGAUGUAUACUAAUGAACGAUCCAAAAGGAAAAACAGUUCCUUCUCUCAGAAGAAUAACAGAAAGGAAUCGAUGAAGACAGGGGAAGAAAAAACAAAAAGCCAAAAUAAAGGGAAAAACAAUGAAAAAAGAGUAAGCUCCAAAAAAGAAACCAAGUCCACUGGAAACAAGGGGGACAGACACUAUAUUUCGGAUGAUGAUGAUGAAAGUGAGAGCGCAACUAGUAUUAAUAAAAUUAAAGCACAGGUUUCUGUUAAGCUGACUCCCUUAAAUACUGAAAGACUAAGCAACCAAAAAUAUAGCAACAGAACCACAGCAAUGACAAAGGAAAAGAAAGGGACAGAAAGUGGAGAUUUGGCUCUAUAUAAGCAGGCUUGCAAGUACUCUUUAAGGUCAGCUAAACAACUUUUACAAGACAAGAAUUUAAUGGAAGAAUCAUCGAGUGAAGAUGAGGAAGAGGAAUCCAGUGAAGAUAUCCCACUGUCUAUCAAAAGGAUAACUAAACCUUUAUUGCAAAGAGAGACUCAAAAUUUCAAAACUUCCUCUGACACAGGAAGGUCACAGGAGGAUACAAACAAGGUGUUUUGUGAACAAAGGGCAGUAAAACACUCUGCUGCCUCCCACAGUCUGCAGUUAAGGUCAAGCAUGUCUGAAUGUAAUAAUGGCUCUUCUGAUUUGCUUGCAGAGAAAACACCUUCUACUACUGGGUCUAGUAGUUCUUCUCUCCCUGGUAGGGCGAUGAGGACAAGAAGCAGAAUCAACCCUCCAAAGUAUGUGUUUGAAUCUGAAAGUGAGCUUGAAACAAGUGAAGAGAUAUUUCAAGUAAAAGAAAAUAAAUCAAAAAAAUCUAGCAAAAAGACAAAUUGUAUAGUUGCUCAUACUGCCAAAUCUUCAGCAGCAAAAUCAAGAGAACCUGAAAGAGAAAAGGUGCAGAAAACUCUAGAAUUUUUUCCAAGGACCACUGAUGAGUGGACGGAAAAGGAAUUACAGAAGCUGUACAGGGCUGUCACUGCUUUUCCGAAGCACAAGAAUGGUUUCUGGGUGGAGGUAGCGAUGGCCGUGGGGUCGCGCUCGGCUGAAGAAUGCCACCAGAAAUACAUGGAAGAGCAACAGGCAAACAGGUCCAAAACACACGCCACAAAGAAGACUGCGUCAGGAAAACCAGAACAGAAAGAUAAGAAAGAACCAGUUAUGGUAACUGCUAAAGUGGGAACCUUCAAAAGAAAGCAGCAGAUGAGAGAUUUCCUGGACCAUAUGCCAAAGGACAACCAUGAUGAUAUUUUCACUGCAACUCCCUUUCAAAAUAGAAGAGUAAAGUUGCCAACGUUCCGGGGAAGCCAGGACGACGACGACGACGACUUUGCACUUGCAGACAACAACCCAGUCACGCCUUCCUCAGCUGUCUUCCCUCUGGUGAAAACCCCUCAGUGUGAGCAUAUCAGCCCUGGUAUGCUGGGAUCUAUCAACAGGAACGAUUACGACAGGCACGUGUUCAGAAUGCAGAAGAACACCCAGGGCAGCAAAGGUACCUGGGACAACAUCAGGAAGAAAUCGGCUGGCGCUGCAUAUGCUACACCAGCUUCGUGCCGAACCACCAAGAUUGCUUUUGAUAAAAAAGUGCAGCAGGCCUCUGUUACAGGGCAGCUCUUUGUACCCAAGGCAGCAGAUUCAUCAGAUGAAGAAGAGGAAGAUUCCUAUUUUUCUUCUUAAUCAAAUUCCUGGAUUUUAGUAGUUCAACAGAUAUACAACCUCUGUCACAAACAAAGUUAAAAGGAAGGCCUGUAGCCACCCCACUGACAUGAUAUUCUUAUGUUCUUACGUUAGUUCAGUUUGGAAAUCUUGGUCUGCAGAGUUUUUAUGGUGUUAAAAUACAUUCUAGGCUUACUGCCUUGUCAGUGAUGAUGUUUGUAAUUUUGCGUGUGUACUAAAUGGGACUUUCUUUCCUAGGCUCCUUCUUUCCUAUGCCCAGUACUUCCUGGGGAAAGGGGCAAGGGAAAAA